CCAGGACCCUGCAUUCACUGUAUAUGGUCCCCCACAAUACACAGAGCAUGGAAAUGCAAUUAUUUUAGUAAAUACAAACUGCUAAACACCUAUUCUCAUCAGCAGUUAGAGCAGUCUUGUGACUUGUGACUUCCAUUAGUGUCCAGCUGACCGUUGUGUCUAAAGCUUGUAAGAAGAGUUUUCAUUCUGCUCUCACUGCCCUGUGAGAUUGCAUAACCACUGACCCUCUGUCUGGACAGUUCUGAUUGGCCCUGUACUGGUCACAUGCAACCUCCCAAAAAAAGAAAAAAACUCUCUAGCAGUACACACCAAACUGAGCAU